GAGGAGCGAAUAGUCCUCGCAGUAAGAUAGAAACCACCAUGACUGAUAGAAACGAGAAACUCGACAAGAUUCAAUCAAAUCCAAUAAAAAAAUCUCUUGCCAACGCAAAAAAAGAUCUGGGAUUGGUCCUCGAUAAAAUUGAUACUACCGGAUUUUCGGUUCGUGCAUUUCGACUCUGGCGCGCUUAUCUGGAGUUGCGUCCAUUUCGUGUGUCUCGUUUUUGGAUUCUUUGGAUUUUUUCAGUUUCUGCCUGGGUUCUUUAUUUUUCAAUAAAUAACUACAUUUCUUCGAUCAAAUAUGAUAGAUGUUUGGUGGAACAACCUUCGUUAGCUCAGAAAUUUUUUCGUCCUGCAGUGGAUUGUUCUAUGUGCAUCGACGUGCAACAGGUUGAAAGACUUUCUAAUUUGGAUCCUAUUACAUUUGAAGAACGAUUUGCCUACACGGGGAGACCUGUGGUAAUCGUCGAUGGGGCGGCCAAUUGGACGGCAAUGGAAAAAUUUUCAUUUUCAUUUUUCAAAGAUUUGUAUCACAGACAACGUAGCAAUUGUCAAUUUUUUCCAUAUCAAACAGAAUUUCGUAAUCUGCAUGAAGUUUUAAAUAUGAGCGCCGAACGAGCACAACUCAAAAGCGGUACAGCACCUUGGUAUGUUGGAUGGAGUAAUUGUGACAAAAGUAUCGGUGCAGUUCUUAGAGAAUACUAUCAGAGGCCAUAUUUCCUACCAGAAACUGCAGAAAGUGGAAAAACUGAUUGGAUUUUUAUGGGUAGUCCUGGAUAUGGAGCUCCUAUGCAUGUUGAUGACGUCUCGAAUCCUUCGUGGCAAGCUCAAAUUAGAGGGAAAAAAUUAUGGAUUUUAGAACCACCAAGGGAAUGUCAUUAUGCAUGUAAACGACUUGAAGUGACUGUCAAUCCUGGAGAAAUAUUUGUUUUAGAUACAAACUGGUGGUAUCAUCAAACCAAAAUCAUUUCUCAAGAUAUGAGUAUCACUAUAGGGGCUGAAUAUGACUGAAGGUGGUUCAAUUUUUUCAAGUUAAAUAUUUGAAAGUCUAGACUGUUGUACAUCGAAAAAAUUCUUAUUA